CGUCUCACCGCGUCCGUUGCAGGAGGCUGGUCGGUCCAGAAAAUAUCGAGUGCAGGUAUAUGGUAUAUUGGGACUUGCAUCUUCCUCCCCAUCCUCCCCUCUGCACUCUCGUUGGAUCGCUUCGCCACAGACCAAACAACUACUCGUGCUCCGUACAGGGAAAACAAACAUGCCAACGCGCCAAUUGGAAGUCGCCAUUAUCGGCGCCGGCAUCGCUGGGCUUUCGGCGGCCAUCGCCCUCUCCCACGCCGGCCACUCGGUCUCGCUGUUCGAGAAAUCCAGGUUUCGAAACGAGACCGGUGCGGCCAUCAUCAUCGGGCCCAACGGCACCAGGAUCCUGUCGAAAUGGGGCUUCGACUUCGUCCGGGCCGGCGCCCUGGACUACAGCCAGAUGCGCCGCAUCAAGGCCGACACCGUCGAGGUCGACUCGGAGGAGUUCUUCACGGACAUCAAGGAACAGUACGGGGACAGGUGGCUGCUUUUCCACCGUGCAGAUCUCCACGCCGGGCUGAAGGCGUUGGUGGAGGCUUGCCAGCCGCGACCGCAAAUCAACCUGGGCACGCAAGUUGUCGACGUCGACGUCGAGAGCGGUGUCCUCACGCUUGCCACGGGCGAGGAAGUCAAGAAGGACCUUGUCAUCAUCGCGGACGGCGCGCACAGCGAACUCAUCGCCAAGGUCAUUGGCCGGCCCUACCCCGUGAGCAAGUCGCCCAUGUCCAUGUACCGGUUCCUGCAGCCCUUUGACAAGGUCCUCGCGCACCCCGAAGCGGGACCAUUCUACCAGAACCAGCCCCCCGGGUUCACCACCUUCUACAAGACAGAGGUCGGCCGCCCGGGGUUGCUCCUCAACACCUACCCCUGCCGCGGCGGAGAGCUGCUGUACGUGGCGCUCGUGCACCCGACCAAACCCAAGGAGAAGGGCAUCGAGGGCUGGGACUCGCCCGCCGACCUGGCCGACGUGCUCGCCGACGCCAAGGGCUUCCAUCCCGCCGUGCAGGCCGUGUGCGAGGGCGCCACCGAGAUCAAAGUGUACACGCAGAUGUGGCGCGACCCGAUCGAGAAUUUCGCCCGCGGCAGGGCCGUCCUGAUCGGCGACGCCGGCCACCUGAUGCUCCCCACGCACGGCCAGGGCGCGUCCAUGGCCCUGGAAGACGCCCUGGCGCUGCAGGUGCUCUUUGGCGACGUCGCCGACUCCCCGGACGCCGUGCAGUCCAGGCUGCAGCAGUUCGACAAGCUCCGUCUCCCCCGCGUCAGCGCCGUGCAGACCAUGUCGAACAAGAUGAUGGGUCCGCCGGACAGGAUGGUCGCAGAGGUCAAGAAGUACUACACCGGUCCCAUCCCCGGCCCCAAAGCCAAGACCUUUUCGAAGGAAUACAACGACUUUUUCUUCCUGUACGACGUCGAGGACGAGGCCAGGAAAUUGGUCAAUGAGUGAUGAGCAAAAAAAACUGAGCGGUUGAAGACCGCGCAAUCUGUACCCCAGGAUGGGCUAGAUCAACCCCUUGCGCACUAUGAUAGAAACUUUCCUAUACCAGAGGAAAAAGAAAUUGAAGUUACAUUGCAAAACCAAA